CACGUCACUUCCGUUCUACCAACUGGCGGGAUUUCUUCACAUGGUGGGAACUGAGGAGCUGUUUGGUUACAGACAUUAAAAGCUUAUUUCUACGCUCGAAUACGGACAGAAGCUGCCCCAGAAAAAAAAACAUGAUGGCGACAAACGGAAGAGACUCCCGGGGGCCGAAAGGCGACGUGUCCGUGUUGUCGAACGGGAACUGCGAGGAAUCCGCCGCGGUGAACGGAGCCGCACCGGAGGCCGGGCGCCUCUCCAACGGAGCCGAGGAGCGCCCGCAGAGGUUCGCCUUCAGCGCGGAGCCCAGCAUGGAGGACAUCCGGAGGAUGCAGGCCGAGUUCACGGACGAGCGGGCCUGGAAUAAGUUCCACCAGCCCCGCAACCUGCUGCUGGCCAUGGUCGGGGAGGUGGGCGAGGUGGCGGAGCUGUUCCAGUGGCGCGGGGAGGUGGCGGAGGGCCUGCCGGACUGGAGCGAGUCCGAGCGGGAGCAGCUGGCGCACGAACUGAGCGACGUGCUGAUCUACCUGGUGGAGCUGGCCGAGAAGUGCCGCGUCGACCUGCCGCAAGCGGUGCUGCGCAAAAUGGCCCUGAACCGACUGAAGUACCCGGCCAGCAAGGUGCACGGCUCGGCCAAGAAGUACACAGAAUACAAGGACUGAGCGCCGGAGGGGCGGAUCCGGGUCUGGGGGGGUUUAUGUUGUUGCUGGAGCCGCUUCUCUGAACUCUUCUGCUGCGGAUCAUGUCUGCGCCUUGUGGGUCAAAUGGCGCAGUUCUGGGUCCAGCUGUUGCACAAACCAGGACGCGUUUGUUCUCCUAUAAGACUUUGCCUUUAAUUUCCGGGAGACGCACUGGAAACGUUUCUGCUUUAAUCCUCUUAAAACCCGCGUUUGUCAUCGUUUCGUUUCUUGCAUUUUUCUUGGGAAGAAGCUGUUUCUCCCGGUUCGUUUUAUGGCUGCAUUAUAAGUUAUUUAGUUUGGCGUCUGUAUAAAGCUGACGGCUCAGAUAAAAAUCCACUCAUCACGUUGGGAAUCGUGUGUAGCAACCAGCACCGAAAACGGGAAAACUUUGGAGCGGUUGGUUGAUUUUUGUUUUGUAUUUUUAACUUUAACUUCCCAUCAGAUUAAACCUUUUUUUCCCACUCCAA